AGGUUCUUCACCUUAUUCAACACCUGUACAGUUAUUCGAGACUCAUUCAGAUUUACCUUCUGCCCACUUUUUAACGUGAUUCUGCCUUCCUUCUCAACAUUGGAAAAUCUUCAAAAGUUAAGGCAAUAAUCUUGUGGGGUAUGUACAUAUGCACGUAGGUAGACCUUCUUCACCACUAUGCAAUGUUUUUAAACACAAUUUUUAACACGGCUGGUACAACUUAUGUAUGAAUGUAAUGCGGUACAACACUGAACGCCGAUAUGAUAUCAACUGAAACUCAACGUUUUUUUACAACCGUCUUUUUAUACCAAGAUAGUUAAAAAGUUGAGUAGCCGAAUUAUAUUGUGACGCUUUUCUGUAUUUAAUAAAGCUGUCAAGAAGUAAAUUGCGAACGUAUUUUAGAUAAAAUUGCAAACUGUAUUGUAUUUAGUGUAAUAAUCGCAAAUUAUUGUUCAUGAGGAAGUGACAUAAUAUUUGGGAUUGAGGUUAAUCUCAAAAUGUUUGACAACAAGAAAAUUGUGUUUAGUGUCGUCAUUCUAUUUGGAGCUUAUUUUGUGGAUUACUAUUUCAUUCACAAUGGUGAAAAUACUACUUUGGACAUGAGCAAUGGAAAGUUAAAAGGAAAAGUCUCAUUUUCUCGGGGUGGACGAGAAUUUUACGAAUUUUUGGGAAUUCCUUACGCCGACGUACCUGUGGGAAAAUCACGAUUUUUGUCUCCAAAGCCGAAUAAAGCGUGGACAGGUGUUCGAGAUGCCACGAAAUACCAGUCAAAAUGCAUGCAAGUGGAUAUGCUCACAAAUGUCAAGGGAGGGAGCGAGGAUUGUCUUUAUCUUAACGUUUUUUCUCCCAAAACUUUGGGAGAAAUACCAACGCUCUUUCCCGUCAUUGUUUACUUCCAUGGGGGCCAUUUCAUGAAUGGGGACGCAAGAAUGUUUGGACCCAAAUAUUUCAUGGACGAAAACGUAGUUUUGGUAUCAGUGAACUACCGCCUGGCCAGCUUGGGAUUUUUAAAUGCUGGAAAUAAAUAUGCAAGAGGCAAUCAAGGGUUAAAGGAUCAAGUCCAAGCUUUAAAGUGGAUUCAAAAAAACAUCGCAUAUUUUAGUGGAGACCCCAAUCGAGUAGUUAUCUUUGGACAGAGUGCAGGAGCAUCAAGUGUACACUAUCAUAUGCUGUCAAAAAUGUCGACAGGAUUAUUUCAUGGAGUAAUUUCUGCUAGUGGAACUGCGUCAAGCCCAUUUGCAUUCCAGAAACAACCCAUUGAACAGGCAAAGAAGCUCGGAAAAAAGUUGAGGUGUCCAAGUAAUCGCAAAACAGAAGCAAUGGUUGCAUGUUUAGGCCAAGCCGAAGUGCAGAGAUUGGUGGAAAGUCACAGAGAAGCAGUGCACUUUCUUCAUGACCCAAUCGCCAUGUAUGGUCCAACAGUUGAAGUGGUCGAUGACAAUGAAGCGUUCUUAACUAAAAAUCCUGUACAGAUGUUAAAGGAUGGAGAAAUUGUAAACAAUGUGCCAUGGAUUGUCGGCGUAACCACUAAUGAAGGCCUUGCCAAUGCUGCAACAAUACUCCGCAAUAGUUCCAUGGUCCAAGUAUUUGAGCAAAAUUGGGAAGACAAUUUUCCAAAGGUUUUCAUCUACAAGUCUGAAGAUUCAUCAGUGCACAGAGCUAUUCGAGAAUUUUAUUACGGGAAAUCUGAAGACAACCAAUUUGUUUCUACCGAGAAGGAAGGACAACUUAGCAAAAUGUUUGGAGAUCGAAUGCAUCUAACCCCCACUCACAAUAGUGCUAUUGCUCAUGCUAAACAAACGGCCCCUGUUUAUUUGUACCAAUUUGCCCAACCUUCUGCGAUGAGUUACGCUGAUGUCAUUUAUAAUCAAAAUGGAAUUUUGCCACCAGUUAUAGAGAUUGGAGCGUACUUGGCAUAUAAGUGGGUUGUGCGGUUAUUCAGUGAUGGGCCAGCAAAUAAAGGAGUUUCCCACUUUGACGACCAAACAUUCUUCUUCAACAUACCAUUCAUGCCGGAGUAUAAAGAAGGGGAUGAAAAUUAUGCUUUGUCCAGGGACUUAAUUAAAUUGUGGGUUUCAUUUGCCAAGGAUGGUAAACCGUCGGACUUCAACGGAGUGACUUGGAACCCCAUUGAUUCAGAAGCCAAAUCUCGAGAGCUCAAAUAUUUAGAAAUCUCGACCAAUCCAAGAAUAAUUACUGAGCCUUUCUUCGACAGAGUUCAGUUUUGGAAUUCUUUGAAUCUCAGAUAACUUGCAUUUUAAAACUAUCCAUCUGUGUAUUAUGCAUGUCUUUGGCUGGAUGACUAUUUAUUUCGACUAUUUAUCCUUUAUUUAAUUGUUUGCAUGCAUAUAUAUUUAUAAAGUAUUUAUCGUCCGUCCUAGAUACAAACUCGGUCGUCCGUGUUCGACAUAUGUAUUAUCGUAAAAAAUGUGAUGUUUAUUGUUUAAAAAUCGAGUAAUAAAGCUAUGUACAUAUACUA